AUGGAAAAUGAACUUGGUACGAUGCAAAAACCCCCGAAGUUGAUGAACAUUGACGAGUAUUCUGGGUGGUCAGGGAGGUUUAAAACUUGGGUGCAAGCAAACCAUUUCGAGUGUUGGAGGAAGAUCGAGUCAAAGUAUGUACCUCCAAUGAAUGCUUCGGGAAUUGAGAAAGCACUCCAUCAGUUUACUCCGCUUGAACAGGACAACUUCAAAGCUGAAAAGAAAAUGAUGAGUAUCUUGCAGCAAGCUAUCAAAGAGGAUAUUCUAGUUCUGCUACAACAUCAAGAUAACUCGCAGUCAGUAUGGAAUGCAUUGAAGAUAAAGUUUCUUGGAAGUGUUUCAAUGAUAAAAAGCAAAACAACAUUGCUUAAGAAAGAAUUUGAUAUGUUUACGGGUAUGAAGGUUGAAACAACAAAUCAGUUGAUUGAAAGAUAUUGUCAUUUGGUUGUUGAAAUGAAGCGUUUGAGCAUUGAGAAAACAUAUGAAAAAUGGGUUGACAAGCUGGCAGAUGCGUUACCGUAUGAUGAGUGGGGCACUUAUUUGUUGGUGUUGAAAAACAAUCAGGAAUAUAUUGGAUUAAAUCUAAGCUCAUUCAUCGAGAAAAUAGAAUCACAUGAGCUUGAGUUGAAAAAGAUAAGAAAAAUGAAAGCUUCAACUGUACAACAAGAUGUCUCAUUGUACUACAAAGGAAGCUCGUCAGUAACAUCUAACCUGAGUCCAAAAAUUCAAACAACAUUUAGUGCUGAUUCUACAUCACCAAGCACACCAAGCAACAAUCAUUCACUGUUUGCAAGUUUUGAACCAAAUACUAAGGUUCAAAGUUCACCAGAUCAAGCUUAUACCCAAAGUUCGUCAGGAUCAAACAGUCAAAGUCAAGGUCCAGGAAUUCUGUGCAACAUAGCGGUGAACAUCAAGAAUGGGCAAGAGUUUACUGAAUCUACAGCAAAACAGCAUAUUUCACUACUUGCAUCAGUUCUUGAAUCAUAUGAGAGUCUUCUUGCUGGUAGAAUUGGAAACCCUGAUAUGACAAAGGAAGACUAUGAUCAAAUUGAUCCAGAAGAGCUGGAAUUGAUAGAUAUUAAAUGGGGAAUGGCAAGCUUGGUGAGACAAGCAAUCUAUCACAAGACUAGUCAACAACCAUUCAACCAAAGACCUCAAAUUGAAAACAAACCUGAAAAAGCUCUUUUAGUCAAUCAGGAUGAUGAGAAGGUUGCAGAAGGGUUUAGUUGGGAUAAAUAUAGUCUGGGUGAUGGUUUGGCUAUGAUGGCAGAGAUUGUGGAAGAGCCAGAAUGUGGUGUUGAAACUGAAGAUGUCAGUGAAGUCAUGAUUGAAGAGAGUUUGGCUGAUCUUGAAGAAGCAGCUGCAGAAGUUUAUUACUAUCAAUCUAAACAGGAGAUUAUUGCUAGUUCUCUUAAAUCAAUAAUGCCUCCUAACAUGUUUGAUUCUUUUGCAGGAUUCUUCAGUGAGCCAACCACUGGUUUCUGUCCACAAUACAAUGUUGAGAAAGUUCCAGUUGAAGAAAUCAUAGACGUUUCCAAAGAAAUGAAUGAAGAGACUCUAAAAGAGAUUGCUGACAAGGCGUUGAUGGGCAAGCUAAAAAAGGUAGAAAUAGAAUCUGUUGAAACGGAGCCUGUCGAAACAGAGUCAGUUGAAAAUGUGUCUGUCAAAACAGAGUCAGUUGGAAAGAAGUCUGACGAGAAAUCAGAAUAUGAGGAGAUCAAACCUGGAGAAAACUCAGAGUCAGAGUCAGAUGGGUUUGGUAAAACGGAUCUUAAAAAUGAUAAAGAAGAAAAGGUUUCUGAAAAGGUUGAUUCAAUUCAUGAAAUUCCAUACAAAAACUGCUUAACACCAUGCAUGGAUUGUUAUGACACUUUAGCACGUUCGAUCAAAAUGAUUCAAAACGAAAGUUUUGAAAAUGAUAAAGCUACAAAUUUGUUAAAAGCAACUGUCAUGGAUAAACAGAUGGAAAUCAACAUUCUUUUGGACAAAAUUGCUUCUUUGAAAAAGGAACUUGAAUUAAUGAGAAUUGAAAAUGAAAGAAUUGAUAAGAAAUUAAUCAAUUAUGUUGCGUCAUCUUAUGUGAUUGAUCAAAUUGUUCCACUACAACCUGAUAAUACACCUGUCUUCAAAAAUGGGGUGGAAGCAGCUUUGAAUCUCAAAUUGAGAACUGUUGAGAAUGAGUUACCUGAAAGCAUUGAUGUUACAUUUUCUCCAUUCGACACUGGCAACAAGUCCCAAGUGAUUAAAACUGUUGUUGACCAAGUGUUAGAUGAAGAAAGUGAUAACUCAGAUUUCGGUACUGUGAAAACUCAGUUGGAAAAUUCCAAUUCUGAUUUUGAAGAUGAGGGUAACUUUUUGGAUAAGUUCAUACCAAAUUCAGAUAAAGUUGUGAAUGAUGAUUCGAUCAUUGUGGUUUACACAAUGACCGGAACUGACAAACUCUAUUCUGAUUUUGAGUAUCCAAUUCAAAAUGCCAGAAUGGAAAAUGUUGAGAAGGUGUUUAAACUUGUUCAGAUUGACAUUUCAGAGGUUAACAACAAUGUGUUUUUAUCCAAACUGAAAAAGUUUUUUGUGAAACAACAACUGAAUAUACCAGGAAAGAAAGAGUGGGUGGGCAAUGGUGGUAAUAACAAGAGAAUUGGAAACAAUUUCAAAAACAAAGGUGUUGGUUUUGAAAAGAAAAUGGCUAAGAAGAAUGUCAAGCCAAAAGAAAAGAUGAGUGAUGUUUUUGUUGCUGGUCCUAGUGUUGAUGCUGAAAAGGAUUAUAUCUUCAGUCAAAAAGCCGUUGACGAUUUCAAUGCAGCUAAAAAGUUGAGAGAAGAGACCAACAGAUAA